UCACAGGUACAGUGUAGACGUACACGUCUGUGCAGGGAGAGCAGUUCAGAUUUUCACGAAGUUUUCGUGUAAAAAUUCACUAUCGUAAUGAUGGUACAGUUGGUGCUGGUAAUUUUGCACACAAUGAUGGUGGCAAGCCACCUAGAACUGGCGACGGUCAAAGGACCACAUCACCCACGGGGAGGCUACUCGGCCCGAAAUCGGAAGCUGGACGAACAUCUUCACGCCAAGGAUGAACACAUUCAAGAAGACUUGAAACAACUCUCGAUUAGCGAGGAUGAAUUGUCCAAGAUGAGCGACGAGGAAAAGAACUUUUACUUUUUCAAGCUGCACGAUUCCGACAAUAAUGAUCACCUGGAUGGGUUGGAGAUUUUGCACGCCGCCACACAUCACUCCGAUGGCCACGUGCACAAGUUGGACCGGGAAAAAGAGCACGAUUCGGAGGAGAACUCGGUGAUUGAUGUAAUUGAUGACUUCAUUGCCUAUGCGGAUUUGGACCAAAAUGGGUUGCUUACCUAUCCAGAGUAUAUGAAAGCGAUAAGUACAGAUGAUUGGAACACGAAAGUUGAUACGACUGAGACGCCACCUCCGGAUUCUGGCUAAAUGAAAUUUGAUUUAUAUUUUGUUUUUCAUUUGUGAUAUACAGUAAAAGUAACAACUCUUAAAACCCUCU